GUCAACUCGCCGCUCUGAUUGGUGAAAAGGCUGUCAUUUUUUUUAGGAGAGGAAACUGCUAAGUUACUGUAUUAAGUCUAAGUAUGUGACUUAUCUCGAACUACUUUUCCAGGUCGUUAAAAGAAAAGGGAACGACAGUGGAUGAUUUUCGCUAAUACUAGAAAGAUCUUACUCUGGAUCCAGGCGCAGACCACCCUGAGCUCAUCCUCUCUGAAGAGGAAGGUUCAUAGCUCAUCCUCUCUGAGCUCAUCCUCCACAUACAUUGUGCACCCUCUGCCAGUCCUCGACCACCCAGCGAGAUCUGACUACUUGGAGGGGGUGCUGUGCAGGCAGGGCCUGGAGCAAUGCUGCUUCUGGGAGUGGAGAGGGUAGAAGGUUUGCAUAGCUGUGUCAUACAAACACGUAGGCGGGAAAGGUGGGAACAAUGACAGUCUGUUUGGAAAGAUUCAGUUUGGACUAAUUUUUUGUUUUGGUUUAUUGGCACAAUAAUGAACAUUUUGUCAUAAAAGUGGUGUCUUCAAUUGGGGAGGGGAGUUUUUCUGGACCACAAAGCUUGAACUUUUUCAUUUUACAACGUGUCUUACACAGUAGAUGUCAUACAAAGAGUCCAAACCAUAUUCACAGAGCCUCUUUAUGCAGUUUUGCAAUUAUGGAGACCAUGUCAAACUUUCUCAUGAGAAAAGUAUGAAUGCUGAGUGACUUCAAUACAGGUUUCAUGGACAGAAUUUGAACCUCAAAACUUUGAUAAUGGGUUUGUUAUGGUUGGUGUGGUAUCUUAAUGUAUGAGCCAAGGUUGCUGCUAACUGUGUUUAAUGUCUCUCCACAUUAGACAAAAAAGUGCUACUAUAUUUUUAUUACAUUUUAGAAUGUCAAAAUUGAAAUCAAACCCUGUUACAUAUUCGGAGAUCAGCUCAGAGUUGCUGGCAAGUCAUAGGAACAUAAAAUGUUUGCGUGCAAGUGAUUUUUCUAGGUUUACAGCAGUCAGCAAUUAAACAUGGAAAGGAUUUGUCAUCGUAAAUAAAACUCAAAGAAAUGAGGAUGUUAUCACAAGCCUUAACACGGUUCAGGAUUCAAGCUGAGCCAAUUUCAAUUUAGAACAAAACAUUUAUUGUAUUUUUUUAUUAUUAUUAUUGUUUAUUUUAAGGUUAGCAGAAGGAUUAUCUGCAAAUACACACUUCAGCACAGCCUGAAAGUUCUGAUUUGACAUAUAUGCAUGUACAUUUUAUGUUGUAUGAGAGGACAUGGAGGAGUGGCAUGAUAAAAAUCACAACAGAUGUACAGUAAUAUAGAAACGUUUACCUCUUUAGGCCAGAGGGUGGCACAUUCAGCACUGUUUGUAAUGCAUGUUGGCUGCCUCUUGUGGAGAAAAUUGCAAGUCAAAUAUCAUGUUGUGUAGAAGCUUUAAGUACUGCCUGCAGACAACUCCAAGUGUGGUUUUUAUAAUGAGAUGACAUUUAAGGGUGAAAUAUUUAUCAAAACCGAUCCCCAUUGACCUAAUGAAGCUUAUUUGCAGAUCUUCCUAGCAAGACUUCAAAUUUAAUUUCAAAACUAUAAAUUGUACUUUUGGUGAUUUUAGUCAAGCAAAAUCCAAAAGAUUUGCUGGUCAAAAAUUCAUAAAUGUAAGGAAUUGGUUGCUUUUCUGCAGUUCUUAAAUUAUUCAUUUGUUUUUUACUUGUUGGUCUCUUGUGAGUCAUUACCUGAGUAACUUUUGAUGGGAAUUUUUAAUAAUUUUGAUUAACUGCCUUAAGUUAGAGCUGGGAACUGAUGCCAAAAUACUACUAGUUUCACUCUGCGGGUUUUAAAAGUUCAUUUGAAGGGGAAUGACCAUGAAAUCCUCCUGAACCAAACUGCAAAAGUGAUUCCAUCCCUAAGGACAAGGUAAAGAAAGAAAGAGGCACAUAUUCUCUGAGAAUGAUUUGACCUACUUUGUAAUACCUUUGAUUUCCUUCAUUUUGCAUGAAUGUGCGGACUUUAUUUGAGGUUAAUGUGACACUUGUAUUGCUGGCAUCAAACAGUUAAAUGUAGCAACAAAGGAAGUAGUGUUUAGAUGAUUAGGGUUAGCUUCCUUUUGCUUGAGCUAAAUAUUCAUAAACUUCCCCUCACGGCAACAUGUUGGUUCUGCUUUCAAGAAAAAAUAAAAAUCUAUGCUUUUUCUACAUGUAGGGAAGUAAAUAUUAUAGAAAAUCUGCUAUCUUCAGCUCUUGCUUAAAGAUCUUAAUCAGAUUUUUGGCUUCCCAUUCUCUGAGGCUGUGUUUGUCUACUUAACCUUGGAGCUCAGGCAGACCUGUGGAGACACUCUAUCCUUCUAUCUAGAGUGCCACCGAAGCUAUUAGGCUUAAAAACACAAGGGCAUUAUCUUAUCUAUACUGCUUCACAGACUCACCCUCAGAUGGUCUUUAUCUCACAAAGAGGUGGCAGAAAUUUAAAUGAAUCUUUCAGCAGUUAAUGAGAAGUCCAGCAACAGUUUUGCUGGACAUACAAUCUAAUUCCAAUCUAAUUCCUCCAAUCCAGAGCAAUGUUUCUUUAUUGUGUCAGUAUAAUGAGAAUCACAUUCUGCUGAUCACAGUUUGAGAGCAACUUUCUGUACAUUUGGUGACAAACACUGAAAAGUGAAGCAUGACGGUAACUCUUGGAUUGCCUACAAUUUUAGUAUAUGUAGUAUGCUAUGCAUCUUUAAUGUUAUAGCAAAGGUUUUACUCCAUACCGCCAGUCCACCUUUGAAAAGGAGAAAACAGGAACACCCUGAUAAACAGAUACAGAGAGAAAUAUAAGAUCAACACUCUUUUCUGAAGAUACAGUACACAUAUAUGCCACACUGGCCAAUAUGAACAGUUUUGAGAUAUGCACACAGCCCUGUGUCCAGUAACACAAACCUAUAUCUCUUCCUGCAGGCCAUCAUAGCAUGUGGAGAACAGAUCGCACUCUGUGUGUGGGGACUCUUAUUGGCUCCAUAAUGGGAAUCAUGCGAAACUACUCUUUGCAAGAGGAGGCUGAAAAAAAACAACUCAUCUGUCCUUUAAGAAUGCCCCUGUGGGUUGGGAAGGAGCUGUUUGUCAACCUACCAAGACGAACCUCUCGGGCAUGAUGACCAUUAGGCCGGAGGAGAGCUCACACAUCAGACCACACCACAACGGGACUCAGUUUGGGCAGAAAUCCGACCUUAGUGAAGCAUUUAACAUCAUAACCAUGGAGACAGUUGUUGCAGUGCAUUGAAAAUGUAAGGCGAAUUGAGGCAUGUACAAACACGCAUCUUUUCUGAGGCACAGUGAAGCAGUCCAGGGUCUCACGAUCAUGAGCUCCCCAAGAACAUCUGCGUCCUUUGUACUGAUCAGUGUGACAUUAUUGUUUAUUAUACUGCUCAGCCCAGGUCAACUGAGAGCACAGCUUGGGACUACCCCCAACAUUAAACACAUAGUGGUUGGAAGAUGUUACAAUUACAUCACAUUAGUUAACCCCAGCUUGAGGUAUGACUGUGAUGACAUCUGGAGACAGUUUGAGGAGGCAAUUGUCCGUCAGUCCUCUUGUAAUGUGACAGUUGGGGAUUAUCAUCAAAUGUUUUAUGCAAUUCCACAAACAUGGCCUUGUGACAGAUUCCUCUUCUGGAGUAAAACCAGGACACUGAUGCACAGCUAUGCAGCUGUUGUACGUCACUUUUGGACACUGGAGGACACAUUGGUUGGCUACAUGUUCAACGACCUCAUCUGGUGUGGACAAGAGGAAGACUCUGGUUUUGAUUUCAGUUCUUGUCCCAAGUGGUCAGCUUGUAGAAAUCAUCCAGUGUAUUCCUUGUGGAGACGAGCCUCGCAAAAUUUUGCAGAAAUGGCAUGUGGUAACAUCACUGUCUUACUGAAUGGAUCUAUUGUCAACGCUUUCAAUAGGAAAAGCAUGUUUGGAAGUGUUGAACUGGACGGUCUGAACCCACGCAGGGUAAAUUAUGUCAACAUAAAGGUGGUGACCAAUCUAGAGGGGCCCUUUAUAGAAUCAUGUACUCAAGGAUCCAUUGUGGAUCUGAUCAGCAUCCUCCAGUCUAGAGGUUUCCGCUGGACUUGCACAGACAACGACCAGACCCUGAUGAUCCUUCAGUGCAUCCAGAAUCCCAAACAGUCGUCCUGCCAAACAUGUGCAAACAGCUUGUUGUAUAGAACGAGCCUCACAUUGAACUGACUCACCCCCAGAUUUAGAAGGAUUUCCAGUAUUGUUAUAUUGCAGUGUGGCGCUCAGCGGAGGUGCAUUAAUUUGAACCAAAAGAUUUCCUGAAAGUUUUGAGUGUUUUCUUUUGACCCCGUACGUUUUACUGAUCCUAUUUCAUUAGCAGAUUAGGUUAGGUUAGGUCUGUGUUUGUAUGACCAAAGUUCACAAGGGAAACACUACAGGACUUGAACGUCUUGUAUACUCUAGAAGAGCUAAGAGUUGCAGUAAACUAAGUAAUAUUUGUAUUAUUAUUUGUAAAUGUAUAUUAGUGGGAAAUGUGACAUAAACCGUGUUCUGGAAAGCUUUGGCAAUCUUGAUCAGUACAACUGACUCUUGACUUUUCUGUUAGUGAAAUGUGAACAGUGCAAUAACAGUAAGUGCUACCCAGAAAGAGUAUCCAAUAAUGCUAAAGUUGGAGUCCAGCCAGAGGUUUAGUCUCUUUUGGUAAGUAAGUAAUAUUUGUCUGGUGUAACUGUGACUCUGUUUUUAGUGAUGGAUUAGUAACAGUUUAAAGGUGCUCAAAUUGCAUGAGUGCAAACCCUCAGGCUCUGACACACCCAUAUGGACAAUAGAGACAUCUGACCUGAUUACUGGGAUGGUUAAUCUCUAAUUUUGAUCUUGUUUGUCCUCAAAGGUUGUGUGCACAAACAGGUUCACCACUGACUCCUCUGUGCCCUUUGAAUUAUAGCCAACAAAUGUCUUUGAGUAGAGAGUUUCCAACGUUGAAAACAACAAACUGUGGGGUCUUUUCUGGAGGAUGGGGGUUGUAAUUGGAUGGGACAGACUCUGUAUUUACUUUAUUUCUUAAUUCAUUCUUUCGUAGUUCAUUCUUUUGUAUAUAUCUGUAUUCUUGUUUGACCUUUCCAAACUGAAAAUGGAAUGGUUAAAUAGUAUUUGUUUGUGUUGGAGAUUUAAAAGUAAAACAUCACACUCUAAAAUUACUGACCCUGUCAGUGUUAUUAAUGAUUAGCAUGAAGACGUACUUGACUAUGUUUAUUUGAUGCAUUCAGUUGCUUUGCAGAUUCAGAUAAAUAAUACAUAAUAUGAUCAACAAAAAAAUUGUAUUGUAUUGUGGAUAAAGAUAAGACUUUACUGAGCCUUUGGUAAAAUUCACAAUCCACCCAACCAUAUAUAGUAAAUACUAAAAAAUAUUUUCCAUAUGAUUAUUAUAAUUGUAAGUCAGUAAUGCAAUAUAACCUGCAUAAUUCUGAUCUCAUUUAGCAUAGCCUAUUUGAUGCAAUUUACUAAAGUGAAAUUUUGAAUGCAGUAACUUUACUUGUAACGCAGUAUUUCUGUACUGUACCAGUACUGUAACCUACACAAACAAACAAAUAAACAAAUGAUCAAAGGUCUUCCACCACUGUUUAAUGCACAAUUAAACGUUUAUAGCCUACUUGUCACGGUACUCUCCUCAUCCACUGAACAGUGCUGUUGUGACCCUUGGACCUUCGUCUGUGCAGCCCCACAGGAAU